AUGCCUGGUUGGUUCCGCUCAAAUACAAGAUGUAUCGUGGGUAAUGGCGCUGAAAUUAGUUUUUGGAAUGCACAAUGGCACGGCAAUUUAACGUUAGGAGAAUUAUUUCCUAACCUCUUUACAAAAGAGUUGCGGCAGAAUUCUUUGAUAGCGGAUAGAUUGUCUAGCAGCAGAGAGGGUUUGGUGUGGAAAUGGGAGUGGUGUGAUGUUUUAACGCAGGAGGAGGAACUUGAUUUACUAAAACUUAAGGAACUGUUGUUGGACAUUAAUUUGAAUUUGAAUUGUGCUGACAGGUGGCGAUGGAUUCCUGGUGAUGCAGAGAAAUUACCAACGAGGGAUGCCUUAGCUUCUAAAGGUAUUAUCACAAAUCCACAUGAAAUUUGCUGUGUAUUCUGUUUUAGGCACGUAGAGGAUUGUUGUCAUAUUUUCUAUCAUUGUAAGUUCUCUCAAGUGGUGUGGUCUGCCAUUUUCAAAUGGUUGGGUUGUAGUAUAACCAUAGGCGAGGAAGGACUGAAUCACUUUGUUAAGUGUGGUGAUCUUGUGAAGGGACAUCGUGUGCGACAUUUGAUUUGGUUAACUACCAAUUGGUGUUUAUGGAGAUUGAGGAACAAUAUCAUAUUCCGAGGAGAGGUGGCUGACGUUUCUAAGCUGAUUGAUAAUAUCAUGGCAGUUUCGUGGAUUUGGUUUAGUGGCAGAGCUGGUCGCAAGUCCACUUUUUCUUUUGCGGAUUGGUGUACUAAUCCUAUUGCAUGUUUACAAAGCAUUUAA